CGCCCGCUCGGGGCGGGGACGCGGGAUGAUGACGUCGGAGGCGCGCACGGCGCGGCAACUGGGCAGAGCCGCCUUCGUUCGUUCCCUUUUGUCCAAGAUGGCAGCUGCCGCCGGAGGCGCCUCCUGAAUCGCGGGCCCCGGAGCCAUGAAGCGGGCGAGCGAGCGGGAUUCCAGUCCGGCCGGGUCCGGGGGGACGCGGGGCGCUUCCUCCGCCAAGAGGCCUCGUGAGAGGGAGCGCGAGAGCAGCACCAGUGGCGGCGGCGGCGGCGGCAGCAGCAGCCGGCGGGGCCCACACCGGAGCUCGGGCGCCUCCUCCUCGUCGUCCGCCUCCACCUCGCGGAGCAGCCGGGACAAGUCUGCGGCGGGCGGCUCCGGCUCGCGCAGCCACCGCGGAGAGGAUCGGCCUGGAGGCGGCGCCGAUUCCAACCACCGCGCAGCCUCCUCAAGCGCCAGGAGCAGCAGCAGCAGCCAGACCGCCGCCGCCGCGGCUCCGCCGCCACCCUCGUCAUCGUCUUCGCGGGCGCUGGGUGCCGCCAAGGCCAAGGUGCCACCCGCGGCCGUGGUCGCCCCCUCGUUGCUGCUGAGCGGGCCUCCACCGGUUGCAGCCCCGUCGCUGCUCCUGACGCCAGGACUUGGCUUGUCGGCUGGGGUGGGGCUGGUCGGGGAGCCCCCCGGCUCCAGUGAGUACAAGACCCUGCUGGUGAGUGGCCUGGGCCCGGCCCUACCUGACCAGCUGCUGGAGGAUGGGCUCUUCCGCCAGUUCCAGAGAUUUGCCAGUGGCGCUGCCAGCGACAUUAGCGUCAAACUCUCCCACACUCCUGAGCUUGGCCGUGUCGCUUACGUUAACUUCAGGCACCCAGCGGAUGCCCGUGAUGCUCGACGGUAUGCUAAAGCCCGGCAGCUUCUCCUUUAUGAUCGCCCACUCAAAGUAGAGCCUGUGUACCUUCGAGGGGGGCGACGAAGCCGCACGCCGCCUCCUACCCCGUCCCCUGAACCAUUGGCAUUUCUGCCUCCCAUUCAUGGUGUUUAUCCAUAUAAGCAACGGUCCCUCUCUCCAGUUGCCAGCCCUUUGCUGAGGGAACCCAGACCAAGACAUGCUCAAGCUGCUGCUGCAGCCUUUGCCUUGGAAGCUGUUGCCUUGGGGCUCUCGCGGGAGCGGGAGCGGGUGCUGGAUUACUAUGGGCUCUAUGAUGAGCGUGGCCGCCCCUAUGGCUACCCUAUAGUGGCUGAGGAAGAUCUCAUGCCAGAGGAUGAUCAGAGAGCUACUCGGAACCUCUUUAUUGGCAAUCUGGACCACAACGUCUCUGAGGUAGAACUGAGACGUGCCUUUGAAAAAUAUGGCAUGAUUGAGGAAGUGGUGAUCAAGCGCCCCGCACGGGGCCAAGGCGGAGCCUAUGCCUUCCUUAAGUUCCAGAACCUCGACAUGGCACAUCGAGCCAAGGUUGCCAUGUCUGGCCGGGUCGUUGGCAGGAACCCUAUCAAAAUUGGCUACGGGAAAGCCAACCCCAGUACCCGACUUUGGGUAGGUGGUCUUGGUCCAAGUACUUCAUUGGCUGCCCUUGCUAGGGAAUUUGAUCGUUUUGGUAGCAUUAGGACUAUUGACUAUGUGAAGGGGGACAGUUUUGCCUAUAUUCAAUAUGAGAGUUUGGAUGCUGCCCAGGCUGCCUGUGCACAGAUGAGGGGCUUCCCGUUGGGUGGGCCAGAUAGGAGACUACGAGUGGAUUUUGCCAAAGCUGAGGAGACACGCUACCCUCAGCAGUACCAACCUGCACCACUGCCUGUCCAUUAUGAAUUGCUACCUGAAAGCUACAGCAGACACAGGAGUCUAGAGCAAGACUUAAGGGUAAGAGACAGGACUCCUCCCCAUCUCCUCUACUCAGACAGGGAGAGGGGCUUUCUAGAGGCAGAUUGGGCGAGCCCUGUCAAAAAUGCAGAGCGCAGAAAUAAUUUGGAGACCUAUAGUCGGUCAGCACGCAGCCGGAGUGGAGAACGUUGGGGCAGCGAUAGUGACCGCAGUGUGCUCAAGUCUUGGGAGGAAAGGCGCAAACGUCGGAGCCUUUCCAAUGACCGUGGGAGGACUGCCCAUUCACCAUAUGAGGACAGAGGCAGGACAAAGACUGGUGGGCCAGCUUUAGAUCAUAGCCCAGAUCGGGCUCGGAAAGAGAACCACACCACAGAGUCUACCACCGAGAAAGAACAGAAUAAUUCCCUCCAGAACAAUCGGCAUGCAUCAGAGGAGAAACCUCACCGUGAAGUAUCUGAUCCUCCUCAGCCUAAAAAAAGGGACAGCGAACGCAAUCAUCGAACUGGUGAGUCUGAAUCAAAGACUCAUGAAGAGUCUAAAUCUGAAACAAAGAAAUUAAAAAGCUUGUCAGAUUAUGCCCAUACGCUACAGCUUGCCUGGAAUGGGCUACUUGUCCUGAAAAACAGCUGCUUCCCUACAUCUAUGCACAUCCUUGAAGGGGAGUUGGGGGUCAUCAAUGGGCUUCUGAAAGACCACUUGUCUGGUGGAAAGCUAACACAGCUCAAGAUUGCUCAGAGACUUCGGCUUGACCAGCCCAAGCUGGAUGAAGUAACUCGGCGUAUCAAGCAAGGGAGCCCUAAUGGCUAUGCUGUGCUGUUGGCUACCCAGGCUGCUCAAGGAGCAAGUGCUGAAGGGACCUUCCCUACGGUGGAGCCUGGCUUGCAAAGACGGCUUCUCAGGAAUCUGGUCUCUUACUUGAAACAAAAACAGGCUGCUGGGGUGAUCAGCCUUCCUGUGGGAGGGGCAAAGGGGAGAGACAGCACAGGCAUGCUUUAUGCUUUCCCUCCUUGUGAAUUCUCUCAGCAGUACCUCCAGUCCGCACUAAGAACAUUGGGAAAGUUAGAAGAAGAACAUAUGGUGAUAGUGAUAGUCAAAGACACUGCCUAGUAUUUACUCUCUCUGUCUCCUCUCUUUUCUCCCUCUUUGCUCUGAUUCCAUAUUUCUUUGUGUCUCACGCAGCCUGGUUGCUUUUUAGGCCAAUUAUUUUGAGUGAGGCCCCAAAAGUCCUCCAACAAAAUUCUACAAUUUUAUUAGUUUCUAAUUAAUUUUAAUACCAUUUUAAUGAAUCCCAUUUUAUUUGUUUUUAAUACGUGACACUGUCUGCUGUGUUAUUUUUUUAAAUGUAUGGAAAGUUGUCAGUAAAGCCUUGUUCACUGAUGGAUUUUUAACUUUGUGCAGUGUCCUGGUUUCUAUAGUCUGCCAGUGGCUGGCUCUGUGUUCCAGUAGAUACAGCAAAUAACUUCACUUAUUUCAGUUUGUGAUGGCUCUUCCUUCUACUGCUGUUCAACACUAUUAUAUACUAGUUUUGUGUUCUUUUGAUUUCUUUGAUAGUUGAAGCCUGGUUGCUUCUUUCCUCAGUGGUUAGCUAAUCCCAGAAUUAAAAAAGAAAGAAAAGGCAAUGUAUCCUGUAUUAGAUCGUCCUUUUCCUUGUGGAUGAAAGCUUUUGAAUUGGUUUUAACCAAAGAACAGCUCUGUGAAGCUUAAAAAUUCAGUCUUCAGCAGCCAUUGGUGCAAUAAAAUGUGAGGCACCUCGAGUUUUCCCCUCCUCCCUUAAUUGUGAUUAUAAUAAUGCAAAUUCAAAGCUGUUCUUAGAUUUCCUGUUUAAUAAUAACUAUGGGCUUCUCAGGAAGACAAAUAACCAGGCACUUGAAUAGGACCUGAUAACAAAAUCUGAAUGAUUAUGUUGCUCAGCUCCUUUAUCAGUUAUAAUAGCAAAAAUAAACGAGAAAUCCUGACAAA